AAUACCGUAGCUAGCAAGCUAGCUACCUGGUACAGUAGUGGCUCACCAUACCACUCAAAGGAUUGAUCCGCCAGUUGCAUUAUUCCCCCAGUCAGUGCACACAGCACAAGAGCACAAGAACACAACCACAUCACAACGCAGGCUACGGUACGGAAAAAGAUAGAGAAGCUUAGCAAGCUCAAACAAUGGAUAACAUCGCAAAUGAAACAGGGAGCGCUGGGGGGCACCGCAUUGCGGGGUCAUUCUUUCUUGGUCUGGGUGCCUAUUGCCUCCUCCUACACUUUCGCCGUGCAAGAAGGUGCCAAAAACUGCAAUGUGAAACUUCUUAUCUCCCGGAGAGAGAUCCAGCAAUUCUGCGUCGUUCCGGUGUUGCCCUGAUCAUUGCAAUGGUUGUGGCGUUCUGCUGGGAAAUCCCAGGUGGCAACGCCUCGACCAAUCCUUACUUUCGACUGUUACAUGAAGCGUCCUAUGCUUUGUUUGGGCUCAUAGGAUUGGCGAGCUUCCUCGAGUCAAAGGGACUCGUGCCACUGGAUUCCAAUCGAUCAUGUCUGGUCAUGGCGCUGUUCCAGUCCUACAUGAUUUUGAGCACCUAUGUCGCAUCGAUGAAUAACCGUGAAACUCACACUGAGGUGCCCUACCGGUAUGGCAUGUUGGCAAAACUCUGCCUUGCUCACUCAUUCGUCUGUGCCUACUCGAUUUGGAACCCACAAAAUCUGGUGGCAUUUCUCACUGGCCAUGUUCUGCUUAUCAUUGAAGGAGCGUGGUUGAUGUAUCUUGGGGAGUACUAUGCAUGUCGCAUUGGUGUCCAACCCUCUACUCACUUGGUAGACUUCUAUACAUACGUGUUCUUGUUUCUUUUCAUUGUCUGCUUGGGUAUGGCUGGUAUUGCGACCUUCAAUUUGACGCCUUCUCCUGAAGGGGGUACUCAAGAAGAAACAGACUAUAGUGUCUUGGUUACUAAAGAGGGCGAGAGAGAAGAUGAUGAUCCACAGCUUGGUAGGGAGCUCUUGCCCAGUUGGAGUAGGCAGGAGGCGAUGGACGUGUGAGUUAGGGGGGCGCUAAUUAGCCAAAGCUUUCCCAUACAGACAUCUUGCCACAGACUUGAGCUCGGAUCCAAUGAAGUCGUCACAACGCAUCAUCAGCAAUCAAUCCUGGUAGCUCAGAGGCUGCCUGUUGUAUAGAGCAUCUAUUAUCCAUUCUUCAUUCUGAUUACCGGUACGGUACGGUACAGUACCGUCGUGCGGCUGUUCCAAGGACUCUCCGCCAGGGACACAGUCUGGACAAGAUAAGGAGGGCGCGUUUGUUUGCACCAAAACUUGGAGCAGCUCAGCCGCCACCAUUAUUUUUAUACCGGAACGGCAUGCAUGCUGUGGCUCAUAGCUGCCGAGCAGAGAACACAUACAUACAUGCACACAGUCGUCGUAGCAAGGUAUAGUCGGGAUGAAACUCAUGUAGUGAGUAGGAGCUCCAGCUCUCUGAUCCAACCCCUGCAAGUCCUACUAUGGCUGAUACGAGGUACACGCUGUCGGCAGUUGGGGCUUUCAAGCAAAACUGGACUUCUAAAGUAGAGAUAUCGAGCA